AUGCUAGAUGAUCUUUUUGAUAUGGUCUUGGAUUGUGUUUGUAAGCAUUUUAUUGAGGAAUUUUGCAUCUACGGUCAUAAGGUGGUCAUUGCUUCUUGAAUGCAAAACAAACCGGCUUUCCAAAGAGGAUCUGUUGUUAGUUCUUGCUUAAGAAACUGCACCAUGAAGAUUCAUCUCUUUUUCUUUAUUCUGCUCCUUUGGGUCACAAUAUUACCAGCCAGAAAGAGGUUUCCCGAGUAUGGUAGCUUGGAUUUGAGUUAUCAGUGCAAAAUGAGUAAAGGUCACUGUAAAACCCAGUGCUCUGAAAAUGAAUUUAGGAUUGUUUUCUGCAUAAGACCUGGAACUCACUGCUGCAUCUAG